AUGGAGCUUUUCCCUGACCUGGGGGCAUGGCUGUUCCGUUCUGUCAGGCGCGAUACCUUUGCCGAAAGCCCCAUUCUAGCAAUCCAGAGGCUUAAGUUGCUCCCCCAACCAAUCGGAGACUCGGACAAGGACGUGCUGGUCGGUGCUGUCCUCAACUUGGGAUCCAGUCUGUCUCAGGCCCUCCACAUCCUCCUCGAAUUGCUGCCCGAAGAUAAAGCCGGCGAGCGCCUCGGGGAGAUACUCUGCCCAACCCUGGGGCAGCUCCUGGCCUCUCUUCAAACUACCCUGUCUGCUUUUGAAGGCCAGACACCGACAAGACAAGUAUCUUUACGAGGUGGACGACUGAAGCAUAGCCGGUCUGAAUCAGCGCUGCGAUCCGCAGCCAGCUUGCCCAAACUCACUCCCCGUCCACUUACACCGAUAUUGAUGAAAAGGACGCCGCCUGAGACUCCAAAGACACCUCGGCCAAGCGAAGGUGUGAUCCAUACACGUGUUGUCUCCAGUCCGUUACGAUUUGCGAGACCGGCUGCCAACCAGACAAGGUCACGCCAUCAUCGAAAAGACACAGAAGAGUUUCCGAGGCUACAUGAAGAUAUCUCUACCCCACAUCGACAACAUGAACAAAAACGCCAACCACCAACACCUCCAGCAUCUUACAGGCAAGAAACAUCCGGCCUUCAGAAUGCUCUAAAGUCCGAGUUGAGAGUCCAGGCUGCCAUCAGGGUAGCAGUUGACUCUUUGGAAUUUGCCGAAGGUCAACUCCAGCUAGUCAAAGAAAUUAAUCAAUUGCAUGGAGGCAGCUUCGAUCUUAUACAAAAGACCUUCUACUCUGGCUACAAUAACCUCUUGCUACGUGCGCUCGAACUUGAGCAGCUGGAGUCUGAGCGGUCGUCAUCAAGGCCAGUUACUAACAACGAUCCGUCGAGGUCGGGUCAUCAAAGACAGCAGCCAUCUAUACAUGUUUCUUUCCCAGCAAACAUGCCCACGCCACCCUACAAUGCCUCGAGCCCUCUUCGGGCUGGCAUGUCGAGGGGCAACACAACAGUCCCAGCGAGGAUGCCAACCUCGGACUCGGAGGGAGAGAUUGGUUCAAGACAAGGAAUGACGAGGAGAAACACGAUACAGGGCAUCAAGCAAGAGAAUGAUCAAGACUUUGUUAGACCAGCCAUCAAACGUCGGUUAUCGCUAGCAGAAGAAUUAGCACUCGCGGGUGACGACUCUGACUCUGAUUACGGCCACAGCGGCAGUGAGAACGGAGAUGAGUCUGCUACCGACAUGGCGGGUGAAGCGAGUGAGGAAGAGGCGAGUCAACAGAGCGAAAGUCAGGCUGACAGUGACGAUGACGAUGGUCGGUAUGAUAGCGACCACCACGGCGGUGGGGGGGAAGAGAGUAGCAGCAGCUCAAACGAGUUUGCCAUGGGAGAGCACGACGGGAGGAACGACCCGACAGUGAAACAGGCGAAGUAUUUAUAA